UCCACAGAAGCACCAGAAGGUUUUUUACAAAACAAUAUGGACAAACCUUCACCGCGUUGGUACCCUUCUUCAUUUGUAUGGUAAUGAUCGGGUCCAUUUCCCGAGCAUUGUGGGUUGUGCCGAAUAUAUAAGCUAUUAAGAUGUGAUAUCACUCACACACACAGGCUCUCUCUCCAUCUCUCCAUCUCUUAUCUGAAAAACCAGAGUUUCCAGCGUCAGAUAGUGGAAACAAAGGGAAGCGAACCGACAAUGUUAUGCUUGAGAUCUGGCCCAUCGUUUUUCCUUUUUUCUUUGUCCGUCUUCCUCUACAUCUCUUUAGCCUUCGGAAGCUCUAGGGUCCACCAUACGCUUCGUAGUCGAGAGGUUUUUAUUGAGAAAGAAUAUACCGGGGCGGUGCAAUGGAGCACAAGGAGGUCUGUUGCGGAGGUGGGUGCAGGGAACUCUUCUCUGAUAUUGGCCGAGACGAGGACGCACAGGAAGGACCCUCUUGAUGAGUUUAAGCGUUACACUGGUGGCUGGAAUAUCAGUAAUGGACACUAUUGGGCUUCUGUGGGUUUAACUGCAGCGCCAUUCUUUGUCGUUGCUGUCGUUUGGUUUGUGCUUUUUGGGCUAACCUUGUUCAUCAUCUGUCUCCGCCAUUGCUGUUGUCGAAGGGAGCGUUUUGGCUAUUCUCGAGUCGCAUAUGCUCUUUCCCUUAUUUUUCUCAUCCUCUUCACCCUUUCAGCAAUAGCUGGAUGCAUAGUUCUGUACAUUGGUCAGGGGAAGUUUCACAGCAGUACAACCUACACACUUGAAUAUGUUGUGAAUCAAGCCGAUACUGUUUCCGAAAACCUCAAGAAUGUGUCAGGUUAUCUUGAUGCAGCCAAGGGAAUUACGGUGGAUUCAAUAUUUCUGCCAUCAGAUGCCAAGAAGAACAUCGAUGAUAUUAGGACAAAGAUAAACUCUUCUGCUUCCACUCUUUCUCAAAAGACUUCAGAUAAUUCGAAGGAUAUACAAGAUCUCCUGGAUAGUGUAAGACGAGAUCUUAUUAUUAUUGCUGCUGUUAUGCUCUUUUUGGCAUUUAUCGGAUUUGUAUUUUCCAUUUUCGGGAUGCAACCUCUGGUAUACUUCUUGGUGAUAAUUGGGUGGAUUCUUGUUACUGGCACAUUCAUUUUGUGUGGCGUUUUUCUCCUGCUCCAUAAUGUGGCUGCAGAUACAUGUGUCGCAAUGGAUGAGUGGGUCCAGAACCCCACUGCACAUACAGCUUUAGAUGAUAUACUUCCAUGCGUGGACAAUGCAACUGCCCAAGAAACUCUAUUACAAUCCAAAAAUGUCACCUACCAGCUUGUCAUUGUGGUUGACACGAUGAUCAACAAUAUCUCAAACAAUAAAAACCCAUUUGGGCCCUUAGAUUUCAAUCAAUCUGGUCCAUUGAUGCCUGUUCUUUGCAACCCAUUUCAUGCUGAUCUCACAGAUCGGCAAUGUGCUGCUGGUGAGGUGCAGUUGAACAAUGCUACAGAGGCGUGGAAGAAAUAUAUCUGUCAAGUUUCAGCAUCCGGUAGUUGUACCACGCCUGGCCGGGUGACCCCAACCUACUACAAUCAGAUGGCAGCUUCUGUAAAUGUGAGUUAUGGCUUGUACCGUUACGCUCCAUUCUUGGUUGGUUUGCAAGACUGCACUUUUGUACGAGAAACAUUCACAGCAAUCGGUAACGAUCAUUGCCCUGGUCUGCGAAGACAUAGUGAAUGGAUCUAUGUUGGGUUGGUGAUGGUAUCUGCUGCUGUAAUGCUCUCGUUGGUCUUCUGGGUUAUUUAUGCAAGAGAGCGACGCCAUCGUGUAUAUACUAAACGGCACAUGCCAAGAUCCUUGGACGUAGAAGACAAGGCCACAUAGAGAUAUCCUAGUGUAUCUCUUUUAGGCGAAAAAGUUCUAUUCGAGUUGGUAUUUGUGAAAAAGUUAAUGAGCGAUUCUGUAAAAGUUUUGUACAUUAUGCUAGUGAUCCUUAGGUUUGAUGAGUGUGCGCUGUAGUAUUUGUUCCUAAAUGGCACUUUACCAUUGAUGUUUAA